CCGUGAUGCUGCUCUUCCUCCUCCGCGCGCAUGCGGGCUUUGGGAGGCGGAGGCGGCGGUGCGAUGGCGCUGCCCAGCGCGGGUCUUCCGCGCUACCUGCUGCUGCUGGCGCAAGAGAACCUGGAAUUCCGGCUGCCGGAAAUAAAGUCUCUGGUUUCCCUCUGUGGUGGACGAUUCAGCGAUCAACAGGAAUUGAGAUUAAAUUCUCCAUUUUGGAUUCUUAGCAUGCCUUCAGAAGAGAUGGCAAGAGGACUGAUGAAGCGAACAGUGUGUGCAAAAUCUAUAUUUGAACUGUGGGGACAUGGGAAAUCUGCAGAAGAACUGUACUCUUCACUGAAGAACUAUCCAGCAGAGAAAAUGGCCCCAUUUUUACAGUCCAAUCUAAGUUACAAAAUAAAGGUUCACACUUUUAACAAAACACUAACACAAGAAGAGAAGAUUCAGAAGAUAGAUUCUUUAGAAUUUUUACCAUUUGAAGGAAAAGUAAAUUUAAAGAAACCAGAUCAUAUAUUUUGGCUUCUGGAAGAUUAUGGAAUGGAUCCAAACAAUAUCCCAGAACAGCCCCUUGAUUUAUAUUUUGGGAGAUGGAUUGCCGAUGGACAAAGGGACCUUAUUGAGUCAUACAGUGUAAAAAGGAGACAUUUUAUUGGGAACACAAGCAUGGACGCCUGCUUGGCUUUUCUUAUGGCAAACCAUGGGAGAGUGAAACCAAAUGAUGUUGUUUUUGAUCCAUUUGUGGGAACAGGUGGACUUCUUAUCGCUUCAGCACACUUUGGAGCAUAUGUAUGUGGGACAGAUAUAGAUUAUAACACCGUACAUGGACUGGGCAAAGCUAGCAGGAAGAACCAGAAGUGGAGAGGACCUGAUGAAAAUAUCAGAGCGAACCUCCGUCAGUAUGGUCUGGAGAAGCACUACCUUGACGUAUUAGUUUCUGAUGCAUCAAAAGCCAUAUGGAGGAAGGGGGUGAAGUUUGAUGCAGUAAUUACAGACCCUCCAUACGGCAUACGAGAAGCCACCAGAAGAACCGGUUCGCAGAAGGAAAUGGCAAAGAUGGCAGAAAGAGGCGCAGAAAAUCACAUCUCAAUUUCUUCCAAUUAUCAUCUGAGUGACAUCCUUUUCGACCUGUUAAAAUUUGCAGCUGAAUACUUGGUACUUGGAGGAAGACUGGUCUACUGGCUUCCUGUGUAUAAACCAGAAUAUACAGAAGAGAUUAUACCCCGACACCCAUGCCUGAAACUUAUUAGCAACUGUGAACAGACGCUUUCCAGCCACACGUCGAGACACCUGAUAACCAUGGAAAAAGUAAAAGAUUUUGAGGAUGAAGACCGUGAUUCUUACAUAUUGGACAGCCAGUACCUGCCAUACAAAAGUCACAAUAGCUUUCGUGAGAAAUAUUUCAGUGGAGUGACAAAGAGGAUUGCCAAGGAAGAAAAAGACAGCCAAAAAUAAUUAUAUAUAUAUACAUGAGACUAAAAGCAAAGAACGCACAUCUGGACCUCAACAUUAUAUGGAUACUUCAGAGAACAAAUACUGUUUUGAAUUUUUUAAAAACUCAAAGCAAAAACCACAAGUUAAGAACAGUUCUUUUUCAUUAACUUUGUUUAUACCACAUUAUUGCAAAAGGUUUUUUGACCCUUAUUUAAUUUAUUUUUGUACUUAAAGUUCAAAUGAUAAUUGACUACAUUUUUUAUCACAAUUUUUUUUAACCCAUUACCUCUAGAAAAAACUAAUAGUAUUGUUUGGCUUCUUAAACUGUGAACAUCUGGAAGUCUUAAAUAGACAUAAUACAAUGAUUAAGUUUUUUUAUUAUUAGGAAGAUUGAUUUCAUUUGUUUUCUUUUUUGUAUUUGAUAUGCAAUAAAGUCAGUAAGAAUU